AGUGCAAAGUUUACAAAAAGAGCUGCUCGCCGUGCGAGGGGGGGGAAAGGAGGCGGACGACGGAAGUCGGUCACAUGAUCCCGUUUUACGAGCAGGUUGGCCGGAGCGCGCCUUUACUUCCGGUGGCGGCUGUCAGGAGGUCUUCCCCGCUCCCCCCGCCCUUCAUCGGUGGCUGAGGCGAUGGCGAGCGGCGGCGGCGGCGGCGGCCCGGGUGCCUCGGCGACGGAGGAAGGAGAGGCGGUGCCCGUGGCCGGUGGCUGCGCGGCAGAAGCCGAGGAAGAGCAGCAGGAGGAGGAAGAGCAGGAGGUUUUGGAUCUGGCCGUCCAGCUGAGGCGACGCUUGCGGGGCUGGGAGGCGAUGGUGGCUGCCGUGCAGCGGCUGCUGGUUUGGGAGAGGCCGCCGCAGAGCCUGGCCGGGGCCGCCGCGCUCGGAGCUGCUCUGUGGUUGUUCUCCUCCACUUCUUUGCGUCCUUUGUUCCUCCUCAGUAUUGGCCUUAUUGGUGUUCUCCUGCUAGAGAGGUGGAAGCCACAGUUCCUAUCGGACUUCUUAGCACAGCCCUUAGAAGAACCUGGUGGAGACAGUGACAAUGAGUUGGCAGGAGCACAACCUCACCUGCUCAGUGUCCCUGAACUCUGUCGUUGCUUGGCUGAAAUCUGGAUUACCUUCAGGUUGUACCUGCGAGAGCUACUGCAGUAUAAGAGGCAAUAUCCUGCCAAGUUCUGUGCCAGGGUCUGUUCAGGAUGCUUGAUCUUUGGGAUCGUAGGACAUUACGUUCCAGGAAUCAUGAUCUCCUACAUUGUCUUGCUCAGCAUCUUGCUGUGGCCACUGGUGGUAUACCAUGAGCUUAUCCAAAGGAUGUAUACCCGUUUGGAGCCUAUCCUGAUGAAACUGGAUUACACAAUGAAGGUGGAGACCUUGCAUCUUAAACAUGAAAAGAAAAAACGUCAAGGAAAGAAUGAGCCGGAAGCUGAUAGUGAACCAAUGGCAGAGACAGAAAGUGAGAGUGAGGCGGAACUCUCUGGCUAUUCUCCAGUGGUGGAUGUGAAGAAGACAGCUCUGGCACUGGCAAUCACCGACUCAGAGCUCUCAGAUGAAGAAGCCUCUAUCCUAGAGAGUGGGGGCUUUACUGUCUCCAGAGCAACCACACCACAGCUGACAGAUGUGUCCGAAGAUCUGGACCAGCAGAGCCUACCCAGUGAGCCAGAAGAGUCUUUCUCCAAGGACAUGGCAGAGUUUCCCUCUGUGGAAGAGUUUCAUUCCACAGACUUGGGAUCACCGGCUGAGGACGACAACUUUGCUGUGCCUGCCUGUGCUGCCCGCCAGCUGGACCUUGUUGAGGAAGCAGCAGCAGCAGCAGCAGCUGUGAGUUCGGACCCAUCCAUCUUGUGCCUGGCGUCACCCCUGCAUUUUGUAAAUACGCAUUUCAAUGGGAAUGGACAGGCAAUGGCAGGAGGAGUUCCAGAGCCCCAGGCUGCCUCUGUGCAAGGCUUGGGGCUGCACAUUGAUUCACUGAGCCAAGAGAUUGUCACUACCGCUAUCAGUACCGUUGUGCAGAACACCCUGUCGGCCCUGCUCCGCUCUUCCGAGGACAGUGAGGGCCCUUCUCUUUCUGAAUUCCUGCCUACUGAGCCGGAGGAGAGACUCAGCUUCCAGGCACAGCUGUCUGAGAGUGAGGAGGGGGGAGUAGCCCCCCUGCUACCAGGCGAGGAAGAAGAAGUUGAUGACUUCGAGCUGCUUGAUCAGAGGGAGCUAGAGCAGAUGAAUGCAGAGCUGGGCCUUUCUGGAGAGGCUGAGACUUCUGCAGCAUCACCUGCCCCUCCUGAAGAGGAACGGUCACCCAGCUCCUAGGUUCUUCUGUUCUCUUAGAUUCUGUAGCUGCAAGGAGGGACAAAUUGACCCAUGGCAAGCUUUGAUUAUGCUGAUUGGGGAGGGCAAAACAUUCAUGUUCACAGUGUUAAUGUCCAGAAUAGUGAGUCAUCGCCCUCUGCCACCUCUUCCUCCUGUUGACCUUCCCAUUGGGGCUUUGUGUCCAGCCCAUGCUUCCUAGCGAGGAUGCGUCUUUCGGUCUACUGCUGCAAUUUGUCCAUCUUUGUCUCCUUUUGUUUUAUUGGGCGGGGGUGGGGGUGGGGGAGAGAUGACAUAUUGCAUCCUCAGCUAUAUCUACCUGCAGCUCAUACCCACCAGUCAUGUCUGCACAGGCAGUACAAAGUUAAGCUGCUUUACGGGGUAGGGGGUGGAGGGCAGGAGGGUCUAAUUGUAAAUAGCAUUAGGAGAAUCUUGUUUGUUUCCAUUGAACAGGGAGGAGGAAUUGGUUGUAUAAAGAAAUCAGCUGAGGACAGACUUUUCCUCUGCUUUCUUCAUUCAAAGCUUUGGUGGAAUUGAAAAAACAGGGUUGAAGUUGAUACCACAUAGAGUACUUUUGCUUUUGGGAAGGAAGGCAUGUGUGGGCUUUUUCCACCCAGUUUGCACAAAGUAGCAGCUGCUUCUGCAGUUCCAAGUACCUAGUCCCCUUCCUGUUACUUUGAGAAACCGGACUUCUUCACCCUAGUUUCGGUUCUGCAGCAAUGUGAAUAUGAUACUUACAAUUUGGGCUCCAAGAGCCAGGAGCCUAGACUGGUUGGUUUGAAUGUCAAGCCUGGCUGACUGAAGCUUCUUUAACACAUCUGGAAAAAUACAUACUAAUUUGAGGCAGCCUAUGAGCCUUCCUUUUCCCUUUUGCACUUUAAAUGCAAAAAAACUGCUUAUUGGCACCUUUUCUGAAAACCCGGUGGAGCCAGUCCUGUCCAGUGGGGCGCCCUGUCCAGAGUACAACUUAAUGUUGUCCUUGGGUUGGCCUUUGGGAGAAAAGCAGGGCGUUUGAGAAGAGAUGCGUCGGCAGAAAGCGUUCUAGACCCUUUAUAAGUGAGGGAAGCGCUGUGGCCUCGCCUGCUGCCGCUCUCCACUUUUGAAGCCCUCGGGACUUCCUGCUUUAGAGCUCUCCCCCCACCCUGUCUUAGCAUUUCCACUUGUUUUCUCAGGAGAAAAGACAACUGGGAGGAGGAAUGGGUUGGGGUUUUCCUCGCUGAAAGGUGGUUGCUGCCUGUGGAAGGUCCUGCUUGCACAGCUUUGCAGAUUGGUGUUUUUUUUCUCCAUCUGGUUAACCACUGUAAGGCUGAUUUUAUGAAUGGGUGGUUUUAGGUUGCAACUGUAAAGUGAUUUUUAUUGUAUAGAUUUAAGUUGCAACUGUGAAGUGGUUUUUAUAGAAUAGAAGCAUCAUUCCCCCCCCCCCUGCAUUGGAGUGAGUGUUAGUGCACUAUAAGGCUAAGAUUUGCCUCUGGCAAAGGCCUUCUCAGCUGAGUAAAAGCUUUUUGCUCCCUGCAGAUCUCUUUUUUGCCUGUUCUCCAGGGAUUUGUGGACCAGGAGUAGCAAUAACACUGUAAACUGGACAGUCUCUCACAGAGCAUUCAAGAUUCAUAUUUGCAGGACAUUUCUGAUGUCCAUAUUCUCACAUGAGCUAGUGCAGUUUAGGUUUUAGAAGUGCCAGCCCUGCCCCUGGGAUGGCAGAAAAUAUCAGCCAUUUUUCUGCACUUUGGAGACCACUUUCCAAAAGGAAAGUGAUGUCUGCUAUUAUGAAAGGCAAACAAAGAAAUACCAAAUACAUCUGCAAAAUUCCUGUUGUUUUUUAGUUUUUGUUUUGGUCAUUUAAGGAUACAUUUUUGCUUAGCCAUUCCAUGUCCCCUACUCCCCAAUAUCAGGGUUGCUUCCUAAUCAGGCUUCUUCAGCCAUGGGGUAAUAGAUUUCUUGAGAUCUGUUAGCGAAAUUAUUUUCUUGGCCACCACUGGCUCCCAAUCGGUCGUUUUCUGAAUCCCUUCCCGCUCAUACACUGAGGAAGGACAGCUGCUAAAAACAGCUUCCUUUUAAUGUUUGCACUUUGGAAAUGGGCAGCCAUGUGGCACAGAGUGUAAAGUUUGCCCCCCUUGCGUUGUGUCCUGGACACAGAUCUCUUCUCUCUCCCCGCCACCACCAGAAGCCCUAGCUUUCUCUUUCUGGUGCAAGAAGCACAUGUUGUGUUGGCCUUUCUCUCUGGGGGUCUAAGCUUUCUCCUUUUCUUCCGCCGAGAGCAAUCCCAGGCUGCUCCAGGACAGGUGCCUCUUCCUGAAGGCUGGAAGAUGGCUGAGGUCAUUUAGAGAAGGUGGAAGGCUUUGAAUUGUGUAGCAGUGUUUAUUCUAUGGUUAAAUAUUUAAAAGUAAAUUGUAGUCUUUUUAAUAAAAAAAAAAGUUCAAAGAUGUGAA